CCUCCGCCACCACCCUCCUCUUCCCUCAUUGCGACCAUGGACGUCGACAUCCAAGACGAAGCGGCGGGCCUCCUCGCUCUCUUCGAGACAGGACCAGAGACGUUCGCAUGGCGCGACCCCAUUCCGCGCGAAAUGGAGGAACAACGCGUUCGGAUGUCGGACACGCUCAUCUUCGACAUUCUGCUUGCUGAGGGAGGAAUCCGCCACGCGAGCUCGCUCUAUCCGCCUACUGACGCUGAGUCGCUUCAUCGCCUGCUGGAGGCCAUCUGCAACUCUACCUACGACGCGGUCAAGCAGGACAGCCUGAUCUAUUUCUUGUUGAAGUGGCAUAAGGAUGGGCGGGAGAUGGACUUCAGCGAGUCGCGGUGUAUACAGCCUCAAUUCGUCAUCCUGGCGGACGCGUAUUGGCACCUGGAUACUGGCAUCAAUGUCGAGAGAGCUGUAUCACUGCUGUCGGACCAACGUCUGAAUGGAGAUUACAUCUCGAAAAUCAUACAAGCAUUGUCAUUAUCAGACAACCCACAUACGUGCAUUCGCAAUUACGUGCACACUGUGCAACCUCUCCUCACGGAGCCUCGCGACAUGGACGCGUACGCAAUAGCGCUUGCGGACUCUAGCCUCAUGGAUGCAUGGCACUACCAAAGGACAUUCUCUGAAAGAAGCCCGUCACGACCACGGCUAGUGAGGAAGAUCCUUGAUUUCUGCCUGACCCCCAAACCCCGCCUUCCGCAGCUCAAAGCACUCCUUGCGCUCCACCUCACAGCGUAUGAACAGAGUCUGCUUCACAACUACGCCAUUGAUCCGCCUCAGAAAUUGUCGGCGGCAUCUGUGUCUACCAUUCAGGACCUCGCCUGUCUGCGCCAUGUCCAAUCCGGCGAGUAUGCCGCUGCUAUCAAGCUCGACCGCCAGCUGCCUCCAGGCGGCAUGGUCGCGAAAGACCGUCGACAGAUGAUGGACGACCUCAUGGCGUCGAUGCCCCUUGUGGAACGGCAGCUACUCGAAGUCGAGCUGGAGCAGCUGACUGCAGCCCCGAGGCCAAGCGUCAGCGUGUCGCAGUCCUGGACAAACAAGGCAACCAACAGCACAGACCUGAGCAUGAGCUGGGAGAGCGUGCGGAACCCGUCUAGUUCCACUGCCACCAAGUCGGCUCCUACCGCCGCCGCUGCAGCGCACAAGUCGAAUGGUACACCGAGUAUGGCAACGCCAACGAUCUCGCAAAAGUCUGGCGCGCCACGGUUCGGCGCGCCUCUGGGCGCGACCCCGCACACAGAAAUGUUUGCACCGCUGUCGUUCCCCUCAAGCGCGUCGACAGCCUCGCCUGGAGCGUCCGCCUUCGCGCCGAGCAUGUCAGUUGGCCGCGUGCCGCUCAUCGGUCCAACCACGCAUCAACAGACGCCAAGUAGCGCAGGCCGACCGUCCGCAUCCAGUGCCCGUCCGGGUUCGCUCUUUGAGAUCGCAGGCAGCGCGAAUCAAGCUCCGAACGCGUUCUACACGCCGCCGCAGUCGAUCUCUGCCGGCGCGAAGCGUCCGUUUGGUCAGGAUACCCCGAGGACGCCGCGCGCGUCAGCCAGCCCUCAGCGACCCGAGCCGGUGAGCGCAGCCAGCGCGGGCGCGACGACCGCCGACGGCGAUAUCACGAUGCAGACAGACGAGGACGCCAUCGCGGCCGACCUUGCAGACAUAACCCAAACGGACGCCUCGCGCGUCGAGAACACAGCUGCUACAGAGGACGAAGAGAGCCCUACUGCGGAGUUCUCCACGUCCAUUUUCGGCCGCAAUCGCAGCACGUCUGCAGACAUCCCACGGGUGUCCGCGCGCAGGCUGCGCCAGGAGAAGUCAGACUCGCCGUUCAUACCCGGCGCGUUCGGCCCCACGACGGACGACGAGGGUGAGCGCGAGCGGAUCAGCAUGCCCCCGCCACCGCCGCCCGCAACGACCUCACGGAAGUCGCGGGCGAGCGGAGCGAGUGCGGGUUCCGCUUCUGCGCGGAGAAGGGUGUCGCCGUCACCGCCUCCUGCGCCGCGGCCGGCGAGAGCCACGCGGGCGAAUAGCAACGCGAGGCGGAAAGACCUGAGACAGAGCAUCCCCGGAGGAUUCAUGGACGAGGAAGAGGACGACGAUGUCCCGCCUUUGCCGCCGCCUACACCGACCACGAGGAAGGGCAUCCGCAAGCCGCGGGCGUCGAAGGCGAACGAGAGGGACGAGAUGACAGCGGAGGAGCUCACCCGCCCGACGCGACGGUCCACUCGAUUGUCGACUGCGCCCUCGGUCGGUGAGUCGUCCCCUGAACCAGCGUCCCCUACAAAACCGAGCACGAAGGCGCGCAGUACGCGGAAGUCUACUGCAGCAGCAACUGGUGCGCCUGCUAGAAGCUCACGCAAAAAGCGAUGAUAUGAUUAUGUUUUGUCACGCUGGACGUUCGAAAGGAGUGCUUGUUGUAUAGCCAUUUACUUACCACAUUGCCAUCGUAUCAUUCUCAACGAUUGCCUGGAUACUUGCUCACGUCCU